UUACCUCCCUUCCACCCUUCCCUCCUCCUUGGAGGCAAGAGCAACAACAGCUGAGACAGAAAAAGGGGAUACAGACGUGUUGGGGAGCUGAGACAUCCGGCUCCCCGACAACUCCAAGUGUUUAAAGGCGACAGGAAGACUUCUGAAGAUGGGAACUGUACAAGAGGAAGGAGAAAAGACAGCUCUCAGGGUCAGGGAGAAUGCAGAAACAGCAGGACUAGGAGCAUCCUUGAGACUUGGGGAACUGGCGCUGAAGGAAGACUGGCAGGAUGAAGAAUUCCCUAGAUUGCUUCCUGAAGAGGCUGACCCUUCUGGAGAUCCUCAUAAUCCUGAAAGAGACUCACAGGCAGCAACCCCCAACACUUUAGCCCCAUGUGGCCAGCGCCCCAUGCGUAAGCGUCUUUGUGCCCCAGAGUUGCGACUGAAUCUGACUAAGGGGCCUGGAGAUAACGGAGCUUCUCCCACCCACUCUGUACCUUCCUCUCCUGAUGACAGUUCUGACCUGGAGAUAGACGAGUUGGAGACACCUUCAGACUCGGAGCAGCUGGACAGUGGACAUGAAUUUGAACGGGAAGAUGAGCUGCCCCAGGCAGAGGGCUUGGGGGCCAGUGAGGCAGCUGAAAGGCUGGGCCAGGGUUGUAUGUGGGAUGUGGCUGGAGAAGACGGUCAUUGCUGGAGGGUGUUUCGAACAGGACAGCGGGAGCAGCGAGUGGACAUGACCGUCAUUGAGCCCUAUAAGAAAGUCCUAUCUCAUGGAGGCUACCAUGGUGAUGGCCUCAAUGUUGUCAUCCUCUUUGCUUCCUGUUAUCUACCCAGAAGCAGCAUCCCCGACUACACCUAUGUCAUGGAACACUUGUUUAGGUAUAUGGUGGGUACUCUGGAGCUGCUGAUAGCUGAAAAUUAUCUGCUUGUUCACCUGAGUGGAGGCACAAGUAGGGCCCAAGUUCCACCUCUGAGCUGGAUACGCCAGUGUUACCACACCCUGGAUCGGCGGCUCCGGAAAAACCUGCAUGCCCUGGUGGUUGUCCAUGCUACAUGGUAUGUGAAGGCAUUCCUGACACUGAUUCGGCCCUUCAUCAGUUCCAAGUUCACACGGAAGAUCCGUUUUCUGAACAGCCUUGGAGAGCUGGCCCAACUCAUCUCCUUGGAUCAGGUCCACAUCCCAGAAGCUGUCAGACGGCUGGACCAGGAUCUCCAUGGCUCAGGAGGGACCUAGCAUAGGACUGGAAUAAUGAGCUUAAGAACCAAGCAAAGAUAUUGAUCUGCUUACACCCUAAACCCUGAAACAUCUGAGCUGUUUUGUAAAUCAACUCAUCCUCAAUCCCAGUACCACUGGAUCUUCACAUCUCAAUGGGAUGUCGUUCCUUCCAUGACCCUGACUUCAAAGCAGGGCUCUGAGGUUGGGAACCUGAUGUGCUGGGUGACUUUCAUUUCAGCUGGAGGGGUGCAUGUUGUGGCAUUUUAUAUAGGAAAGUGCAAAGCUGUGCUGCUUUAGCUGUAGAACCUUGGGCAAAUAACCUCCUCUCUUUGAGUCUGAGAUCCUUUCCACCUGGGGUAUUCUAGCAGUCUGUGAAGGUGAGGGGUGGAUGGGGAGGGCAGGGCUCCUGCUGGGAGCCAGGAGUCAGUGCCCUAAAUGUUGAAGAGCCAUUCUGUUUCCCUCUUUCCUUCAGUAGUCUCAUCUGCUGCCUGUGAGCCUGGGGAGGGGCAUUUUCAA